AAAGAGGCCGGGCACGCAGAGAGCGGGUCGAUGCGUCCAAAAUGGCGGAGCGGGGCGGGCGAGGCGGUGGUAGGAACAGCGGCGGCGUCAGCGGCAGCCUGGACAAGAGCAUCACCCUCCCGCCGGACGAGAUCUUCCGCAACCUGGAGAACGCCAAGCGCUUCGCCAUCGACAUCGGUGGGUCGUUGGCCAAAUUGGCUUAUUACUCAACAGUACAGCAUAAAGUGGCAAGAGUGCGAUCUUUUGAUCAGUCAGGAAAGGACGUAGAACACGAAUCGCCCUACGAAAUCACGGUGCAGGAAGAGAUAACGGCUCGGCUGCAUUUCAUUAAGUUUGAGAACGCCUAUAUUGAAACCUGUCUGGACUUCAUCAAAGACCAUCUCGUCAACACGGAAACGAAAGUGAUCAAAGCCACAGGAGGUGGUGCGUACAAAUUCAAAGACCUUAUUGAGAAGAAGCUGGGACUAAAGUUAGAUAAAGAAGAUGUCAUGACCUGCCUAAUUAAAGGGUGCAACUUUGUGCUAAAGAACAUCCCCCACGAGGCAUUUGCAUACAUGAAGGAUGCAGACCCAGAGUUCCGGUUUCAGAUGAACCACCCACAUAUUUUCCCUUAUUUGCUAGUCAAUAUCGGCUCGGGAGUUUCCAUAGUGAAGGUGGAAACGGAAGAUAAAUUUGAGUGGAUUGGAGGGAGCUCAAUUGGAGGGGGCACUUUCUGGGGUCUCGGAGCAUUGCUUACACAAACAAAGAAAUUUGAUGAGUUGCUGCAGCUUGCUUCGAAGGGACGGCACACAAACGUCGAUAUGCUUGUGAAGGAUGUUUAUGGUGGGGCCUACCAGACGCUGGGGCUAAGUGGAAACCUGAUCGCCAGUAGUUUCGGGAAAUCUGCCACAGCAGACAAAGAAUUUUCCAAAGAAGACAUGGCAAAAAGCUUGCUGCAUAUGAUCAGCAACGAUAUUGGGCAGCUGGCUUGCCUCUACGCCAAACUCCACAACCUGAACAAAAUUUAUUUUGGAGGCUUUUUUAUUCGAGGCCAUCCAGUCACCAUGCGCACAAUUACUUACAGUAUUAAUUUCUUCUCCAAGGGAGAGGUUCAGGCCUUGUUCCUGAGGCACGAAGGAUACCUGGGAGCCAUCGGGGCGUUUCUGAAGGGAGCCGAGCAAGACAAUCCUAAUCAGUACAGCUGGGGGGAAAACUACGCUGGCAGUUCUGGGCUCAUGAGCACGUCGCCGGACAUCUGCCCCAUGCAGCGAGAAAGGAGCGGAACGUUUGACAUGUUGGAAAUGGAUCGUUUGGAACGACCGCUUGUCAAUCUUCCCUUGCUGAAGGAUCCAUCCACCUACAUCCCGGACACAGUUGACCUCACCGACGAUGCCAUGGCUAGGAAGUACUGGCUCUCAUGCUUCGAGGAGGCCUUGGACGGGGUCGCGAAGCGAGCUGCAGCCAGCCAGCCAGAGUCUGUUGAUGCAGCUGAGCGAGCCGAGAAGUUCCGGCAGAAGUACUGGGACAAACUUCAGACGCUCCGGCAGCAGCCUUUUGCCUACGGCACCUUAACUGUUAGAAGUCUGCUGGAUACGAGGGAGCACUGUUUGAAUGAGUUCAACUUCCCAGAUCCCUACUCCAAGGUAAAACAGAAAGAAAACGGCAUCGCACUAAAGUGUUACCAGAGUGUUAUCGACUCUUUGGAUUCACUAGGCUGGGAGGAGCGGCAGUUCGCUCUGGUGAAAGGACUUCUUGCAGGGAACGUCUUUGACUGGGGAGCAAAAGCAGUCUCAGACGUUCUUGAAACGGAGCCGCAGUUUGGAUUUGAGGAAGCCAAGGAAAAACUGCAAGAACGCCCCUGGCUCGAAGAUUCCUACAAUGAAUGGCUGGCACGACUCAAGGCCUCCCCUCAUAAAUGUGCCUUAAUUUUUGCAGAUAACAGUGGAAUAGACAUCAUAUUAGGCGUCUUCCCCUUUGUCAGGGAGCUGCUCUCUAGGGGCACAGAGGUUAUAUUGGCUUGCAAUUCUGGGCCUGCGCUAAAUGAUGUCACUUACAGUGAGUCCCUGCUUGUUACAGAGAGGAUAGCAGCUACGGAUCCUGUCAUACGAGAUGCCUUGAAGGAAGAGAAAUUGCUCUUGGUACAGACAGGCUCAAGUUCACCCUGCUUGGACCUCAGCCGUCUAGACAAAGGUUUGGCCAACCUGGUCCGGGAGCGGAAGACCGACCUGGUCAUCAUCGAAGGAAUGGGCCGCGCCAUCCACACCAACUACUAUGCAGCCCUCAAAUGUGAGAGCCUCAAGCUUGCCGUCAUCAAGAACUCUUGGCUGGCCGAUCGCCUCGGCGGGAAGAUCUUCAGCGUCAUUUUCAAGUACGAGGUGCCCCUCAAAUGAUCCGGGCGAGGAGAGACUCCAGGGGGUGAGCGGCGGCUGGAAACAGGACUUGCACUAGUUUUACUUUAAUUGUAAAGAAUGUAUUUUUAUUACCACAGGGAAAAUGAGUUCACACAAUUCCGUAUUUAUAUUGUGCUUUUAUGAUUUAAGGAAAGCGACAAUAUGAUUCAUUAUUUAUAUAUAUAUAUAUAUAUAUAAACUUACAAACACACACAAUUGUUUAUAUAUCUUUAUAUAGAUAUAUAUGUGUUUGUGUGUGUAAUGGAUUAUGUAUCUCACUCAUAUUGUUUUGGGUUUUCUCUUCAUUUUUUUUUUGUAAGUGCUUAUCUUAAUGCUGUGGUGUUUGCGAUGGGAAAAGACUUGAUUUUUUCUUCUUCUGUGAGACAUUCAUAUUGAAAUAUUUAAAUGCCAGUGAAGAAUCUCUUUUUAUAUUUUGGCCUAAAUAUACACCAGCCAUUUACUUGGCAGAUACCAAAUAGAGUUUUUAAAGAGCUGGAGGAGAAGUCUGUUUUUGCUUUGGAUCCAAAUCCUUCGCUCCCAUUCCCCACCCUCACGCAGUAGGAUUUUCUCAGAGGCUGCAGGCCUGGAAGAGUUGCUUUAGAAAUGUGAAGCAGGAAAACUAACUCCAAGGGACUGUGGCUCUCAAGCUUCCCCUACCGCUACCUCACUCUUUAAAUCUGAAGCCCCACAGGUUAAAAUAAUUCACAAGGUCUGCAAAGCCUGAACCAGCAGGCAAAAUUGGCAGCUGCUCGUGAACCGAUUGUGUAUCACAUCUAAAAAUGAAACUUUGAAAGCUUCUAAGCACGCUGACUUGAGUUGAAAGUAUCUUGUCCCUUUUCCCUGUUCCCAAAACAAAUCAAUUUGCUUUCUCGUUUAAUGCAUUUAUAUUCCACUUUUUUCUCCUAGCAGCUCCCAGAUUUGAACUUUGGCCUCCCAGGUCCUAGUCUAACACCCUUAACCACUGCAGGACACUGUCUCUCUCACACACUUGGCAAACUACAGACUUUGAUGUGUAGAUAUAUAUACAAGGAGGCAGCUUGGUCAUAACUUGCUUUUAUUUAGAUGACUUUUGUGAUACAUAAAAAUGUUGCUAUUUCUUUUGUUCCGUUUGUAAGGCAAGGUGGUUGGCUUGCAGAGAGGGUUUUAAAAGAGACUUCUACAGGGAGAGAGAGACAGCUCUGUGUAGCGGUAGCUUGUAUCCUAACUUAAUCUGCCCUUUCGUUUUAAAUCCCCAGCACAUAUUAAAAGAAGUAACUUGUGGCAGA